GACAGCACAUGAAAUAUUCACCGGCUCUGUUGGCAUCUGCUGUAUAUCGAGGCUAACGAAAUUCGCCGAAGAAGAUUUCCAUCUUCUCCAUUCUUCAUAGGUUGUCUUCUUACCAGGAUUAUUACAAUACGGCCAUUAUCAUGAGAUAAGACCCAGCGAAUUGCUGCUCUUGAAAUAAAAUAUAUCUACUACCUUCUUCACCGACUGCAUCUCAUAUCAUCAUGUCGACUCCUUCCUCUUCACGACCUCUGCCAGUUCCGAUGAGUUCGUCACCAUCACCAGGCUCAUUCAGAGGGCGGUCGGGCAGUCCGUCUUCAAGAGAUAAAUCAACAGCCCGAUUAGCCUCACCAGUACCUUCCCAUCACGGCACUCCACAAGUUCGACAGAUACCUACUCCGAAUCAGGCCGCCGCCGCAGAUUCAUCUGAGAGUAUUACUCCUCUCCCGCUGGCUGGCGCAGGUGGUCCAGCAUCUUAUGCGCCUGGUCCAGGUAUCAGCGCGUUGGCUGCUGCGCUGUCGAACUCUAUCGGGCAGACUCCUCCUACCUUUGGAACACCUCCCAUCCGUUCAUUAUCACCAGCCGCUGCCGGUAAACAAAUACAAGGUACAGGAGCGCAUAGUAAUUAUGGCUCUCUUCCGCGAUCGGUACAAGGAGGGCAAGGAUGGGCUGGCCCGACAGCCUACGAGGACCCAGAAAUUAUAAAAAGACAUUUGGUGCAACAAGGGCCUUCGCAGCUAGGAGGUGACGGUGCCGCUGAUGGGAUAUUUGGCCCAAGCGGACAGUCACCAUCAUUCCGUGUGGGCUCUCCAGCUAGUACAUCAAAACAGGCAAUUGAAACUAUAGCACCUGGGCUAGAUGAUGAUGAAUUUUCGAGUCUGCGAUUACAAGGUGGUGACGUUACUAGACCCAUAUACAGAUGGACUGAAGAUGCUCACAGAGCGAGCCGAUCUCAAAGGAGUAAGAGCUUUCACAUCUCGCGACCAGAAGCAGAGAACGAAGUUCUUGACAUAGGCACAAUCAAAGUGCCAGGUGGAUUCAGACGAAAUUAUCUACGUCGAGCAGCAGGCAGCCCUACUCCUGACGGCAUAGAUGUAGAAGAAGGCGGAGGACUCGCGCAACGACAGCCAAAAAUAUUUACCAACAACUUCCUCGAGUUUCUAACCAUCUACGGCCAUUUUGCUGGUGAAGAAUUGGAAGAAGACGAUGAGGUACUCGGACCUGACGAAUACUUUGGAUCGGAUGCUAUCUCUGAUGAUUAUGGUGAAGGUAGUGAUGAGGAUAGAGAGCCUAUGGAGAAUAGUGCUCUGCUUACACCUGGUCGCAGAAAAAGAAAGCGCAAGGAGCGCGCACCACAAGGAACAACCACACCUUUUCAAGCUUCGUUGCUGUUGCUAAAAUCUUUUGUGGGUACUGGCGUGUUGUUCCUACCUAAGGCGUAUCUCAACGGCGGUAUGCUUUUCAGUAACAUUAUCCUUCUUCUCGUCGCAGCUUUGAGUUAUUACUGCUUCGUGUUACUCGUCAACACGCGACUAAAGGUUGAGGCGUCUUUCGGAGAUAUGGGUGGUGUUCUCUAUGGGAGAUGGAUGCGAACAGUCAUUCUUGCAUCGAUUGUCGUUAGUCAGAUGGGAUUUGUGGCUGCGUAUAUCGUAUUCACGUCAGAGAACUUGCAAGCUUUCAUAGCAGCUGUGACUAAUUGUAGAGUUCACUGGGAGGUUUCAUGGUUGAUCUUGCUACAAAUGGCUAUUUUCUUGCCAUUCUCUCUUUUGCGCGACAUCAGCAAGCUCGGAUUUACCGCGCUCAUAGCAGAUGCCUUUAUUCUUGUUGGCUUAGUAUAUCUCUACUACUACGACAUUUUCACAAUUGUGAAACAAGGUGGUAUUUCUGACAUCGUCAAUUUCAACCAGCAAGACUGGACGCUGUUCAUUGGCACCGCCAUUUUUACAUUCGAAGGAAUUGGCUUGAUCAUCCCUAUUCAAGAAUCCAUGAAGAAUCCAAAGAAGUUUCCUCCUGUUCUCGGUAUAGUCAUGAUCAUUAUCAGCGUAGUAUUCAUCUCUAUGGGUGCUCUUUCUUACGCUGCAUUUGGUUCCCAUAUAGAGACAGUUGUUCUUCUUAAUCUUCCACAGAACGACAAGAUGGUCAAUGGUGUUCAAUUCCUCUAUUCGUGCGCCAUUCUUUUGUCAACCCCUCUGCAGAUAUUCCCAGCCAUCAGAAUCACAGAGAAUGAGCUCUUUACCAAAAGUGGAAAAUACAAUCCUUAUAUCAAAUGGCAAAAGAAUGUUUUCCGCUUCUUCGUCGUUGCCCUGUGCGCAUCCAUUGCAUACGUUGGCUCCAACGAUUUAGAUAAAUUUGUUUCGAUCGUCGGAAGUUUUGCUUGUAUUCCACUAGUAUUCAUAUAUCCGCCAAUGCUACAUUAUCGAGGUGUAGCUAAAACACGUUUCCGCAAAGGGGCAGAUAUCAUGCUUUGUAUCUUUGGCUUGGUGGUAAUGGUAUAUACUACGGCCUUGACAAUCAUCAGCUGGACAAGUGGUGGUGAUAAAGUUCCAAACGUUGGAUAUUGCGAUAGAAAAGACAGGGCAGGAGGAGAAUUGCCAUUGUUUUAAAUCGCAUACACGGCUCGAUCUCACAAGUCGUGGAAAGACGAAGGGCUGUGCUUGUAUGCAUGUAUAAACUGAAUAUAUACAUACAUAUGGAUGGGGCAUUCUUUUGUCGUUGUUUAUGAUACUAGAUCUUUUAAGUUUUUUUCGGAUGGUAUGGCUGGAUUGGGUGCAUAGCGUAGCAUUGCACUGGAAAUUGAUAUCUCUUAGUUUUUCUUUUCGUUCUCUUUUGUCUUUGCUUCACAGUUAUAAAUGUCAGGAUCAGAUUGUUAUAAUAUUCAAAUUGGCCUCAAGGCUUUCGUAAGCAUUUGAUGAUGGAUUGUGCCCCUAUAUUGUGGAUGUGCUAUUCACCAUAAAUCCCCACAAGUGAG